UUCAAUCCAUUUCUAUUUGAGUUUGAUAUGCUAGUUGGAGGGGUUCUAGACACUACUACAGUGGAUGAAACAGAUAUGAGGAUUGGUCCUUAUGGUUACAUUGAUCCAUUCUAUAGUUACAAUGGUCCUGCUGCAUACACUGUCAAGUUUGAUGUUUAUGCAUUCGGUGUUUUGCUCUUUAAUCUUACAAGCAAGAGAGCUCUUGACAAGGAAAAAUAUACAGGUACGGCAAUAAAAAAGUGGGCCGUGAAUGAGUACAAGUCCAGGCAUUCAUAUGUCGACCUAAGUUUUCAGGAUGAUACCGACUUUGAUCCUCGGGAUGGAUGUAAAAUUACAGAACUUACAAGACAGUGUAUGGAUAAAACACCAAAUAAACGGUCAGAAAUGAAAGAAGUUUUUUAGCAUCUGAAGGACCUUAGGUGUUCUGUGGCAGCAACAUGGUAAGAUAGGGGUGUGCUUUUUGUGCUUAAUCUUUGUGGACUUCCAAAAUAUGUUGACUUCAGAUGUUUUCUAAGUAGUAUUUUAGCUAUCAAGU